CCAGUGUACGAAGCCUCUGUGACUCUUGAGGGCGGGCGAACCGGGUUGAGGUGGUAGUGUGAGCGGCUGCUGCCAUGUCGCUCUCUGUUCGUUUUCGGACUGCCUUUCCACGCUUGGUGACAAAUAUUCGCUGCCUUCAUACAUCAGCAGAAUGCAGAAGUAGUGAUGGAACUUUGUUUGUGCACAGAGAUACUCCUGAAAACAACCCAAGUACCCCAUUUGAUUUCACUCCUGAAAACUAUAAGAGGAUAGAUGGAAUAGUAAGUAAUUACCCAGAAGGACAUAAAUCUUCAGCAGUAAUCCCAGUCCUGGAUUUAGCUCAAAGGCAACAUGGAUGGUUACCUAUAUCAGCUAUGAAUAAGGUUGCUGAGAUUCUACAAAUGCCUCCUAUGAGAGUUUAUGAAGUAGCAACAUUUUAUACAAUGUUUAAUCGUAAGGCUGUUGGGAAAUAUCAUAUUCAAAUCUGCACUACCACACCUUGCAUGCUUCAAGAUUCAGAUAGUAUAUUAGAAGCCAUUCAGAAGAAGCUUGGUAUAAAAGUUGGGGAAACUACGUCUGAUAAACUUUUCACUUUAUCUGAAGUUGAAUGUCUGGGAGCUUGUGUAAAUGCACCAAUGGUACAAAUAAAUGACAACUAUUAUGAAGAUCUUACAACAAAAGAUAUUGAAAACAUAAUUGAUGAACUGAAAGCUGGAAAUGUUCCAAAACCUGGACCAAG